UGCACAUCCAUACAGGCAUGGCUCCUCUGGAUGGGAGGAAGACAGGAAGACGGAAGGAUGGGACCGUAAAUCACCCUUUCAGUUAGAGGCUUCUCCUCUGCCGUCCGUGUGUGCGGUUGGGUGUGUGUGUGCGGGUCUGUGUGUGAGAGUGUCAGGGAGGAGGGGACGUUUCCAACACAGCCUCCAGCAGCUCUUUUGCUAUCAGCAGGGAAACCAGGCAGCCAGGUCUGCUUUGCUUCCUGGUGGAAAAAGGGGGAAAGGACCUCUGCAUGUUUUUUGCCAGUUUUUCCACUGUGGAUCUUAUUUUCCCACAUGCGUACAUUUGAACCCUGGAACUCAUGAAAUGCAAAGGGAAAGAGCUGGAGAGUGGGGUGUAGAAUGGCUCACUACAAGGAUGUUUCUGUCAGGAAGACUUCUUUAAACCUGGUGACUGGAUUUUUUCAGUAUCUGCGUGGUGAGCAAGAGGCGGUGCAGAAGAGAACCUUCACCAAAUGGAUCAAUUCUCAUCUGGCAAAGCAUAAAUCCCCUCUAGAGGUUAAUGACCUUUUUGAGGACAUCAAAGAUGGGGUGAAGCUCUUGGCUUUGUUGGAGGUGCUGUCUGGUCAGAGACUACCCUGUGAGCAGGGCCGCCAGCUGAAGAGGAUCCACUGGGUUUCCAACAUCGGCACUGCGCUCAAAUUCCUUGAAGGCAGGAAGAUCAAACUUGUUAAUAUUCAUGCCACUGACAUCGCAGAUGGACGACCAUCAAUUGUCCUUGGGUUGAUAUGGACCAUUAUCCUCUACUUCCAGAUUGAGGAGUUAACCAGCAACCUGCAAGCCCUCCAGCCACUUUCCAACAGCAACUCCUCUGUGGAGAGUUUAACCAGCUCUGAAACAGGAAGCCCUCCCAUGAAGCGAAAAGUGGUCCAUAAGUUUCAGGGCAAUGCCAAGAAGGCCUUGCUUGGAUGGGUGCAGGGCACGUCUGCCAAGCAUCAUGGAAUUCAGGUGAAGGACUUUGGGCCCAGCUGGCGAGAUGGUGUUGCUUUCCAGUCGGUAAUACAUGCCAUCAGGCCUGACCUGGUGGACAUGGAGGUUGUGCGGAGGAGAGGCAACAGGGAGAAUUUGGAAGACGCCUUUGCACUCGCUGAAAAUGAGCUGGGUAUUCCCCGUCUGCUGGAUCCAGAAGAUGUUGAUGUAGACAAGCCGGAUGAGAAAUCCAUUAUGACGUACGUGGCUCAGUUCCUCAAGCAUUACCCGAACCCGCACCACUCUGAGACUGACGGGCAGCAGGAUGAGAGAGAGGAGCGGAAGAUGCUGCGAGAGCUGAAGGUGUUUUUAGACCAGCUGGAACGAGACGUGCUUCGUGCCCAGGGAGCAGAGGGAAACCUCACCGACAAGUAUCAUGCAUUUAAGAGCUUCCGUGUACAGUACGAAAUGAAGAAGAAGCAGACCGAUCCACUGCUGCAGCCGGUCAACAGGGACGGCAAGCUGUCUGUGGACCAAGCUCUGGUCAAACAGGCCUGGGACCGUGUGUCUGCCAGGCUGCUGGACUGGCAUAUCCAUCUGGACAAGUCCCUGCCUGGUCCUCUGGGGGUGAUCGGGGCCUGGCUUCACAGGGCAGAAAUGGCUCUGAGAGAGGACUUUCCCAUCCAACAUGCACAUGAGGAGACGGCCAAUGUUCUUCACAGAAAACUGGAACAGCAUAAGGAAGUGUUAAAGAACUUGGAAUCCCACAGACAAACCUUCCAGCAGAUCCAUAGGGACAGAUCGGUGAAUGGAGUUCCUGUUCCACCUGAACAGCUCCAAGACAUAGCUGAGCGGUUUAACUUUGUGUCCACAUCAUCACAUGCUCACCUGAUUAAAUUGGAAUUCUGGGAAAUAAAGUAUCGGCUGAUGUCGUUUCUCGUCCUGGCUGAAUCCAAGCUCAAGUCCUGGAUCAUUAAAUAUGGCCGCCGAGACUCGGUUGAGCUCCUGUUGCAAAGCUACCUUAAUUUCAUUGAAGGCCAUAGGUUCUUUGAGCAGUAUGAGGUAUUCUCCUCAGCCCUCAAGCAAGCUGCAGAGAUUUACGUGAAGUCUGACAGUUCAAGGUCUAAGACCUGUAACAGAGUUGAUGAAGCAGAAGGGGUAAGUAAAUUCCUCAGCGAAGCCUCGGCUCAGUGGAAGAACCUGGCUCUGGAGGUGCGGAGUGUUCGCAGCAUGCUGGAGGAGGUGAUCUCGAACUGGGAGAAGUAUAGUGGUACAGUGGCCGCUUUGCAAGCCUGGCUGGAGGAUGCUGAGCAGAUGCUCAACCACUCAGAGAAUGCCAAGCGCGAUUUCUUCAGAAACCUCUCUCACUGGAUCCAGCAGCACAUGGACAUGAAUGAUGCUGGGAACUUUCUGAUUGAGACUUGCGAUGACACAGUUUCACGAGAUCUCAAACAGCAGCUUCUUCUUCUGAAUGGGAGAUGGAGGGAGCUAUUCGUCAAAGUCAAACAUUUUGCAAGAGCGGAUGAAGUGGAUAAGUUGAGGCAAGACUACCAAGAUGGUAUUAAUACCUUAAAGGUUUUCAUGGAUGCGACUGAGGAGAAGAUGACUGCUCCCAUCCAAGUAUCUUUCCUGAACGUCAGAGCCUUUGUUCAAGAUGUUGAAGAGAUCAAGCACAAAGUGCCAGCUAUGGAAGCGGCCUGUAAGGCAGCAAGCCGUACGGCUCAGCUGUUGACCAAAGACACUCCACAGGAGGAGGUUUCACAGAUGAUGGCCGUGAUGAGCUCGGUCAAAGAGCAACUGAGCAAGGUGAGGGAGAGGAUCUUGCCGCUGCUAAGGGAGUCCCAGUCUUUAUUACCUCAACUGGAAGAAAUGGAGAAGAACAUUACAGGUUUCUACCAGGCCCUGGAGAAAGCCAGUCAUAUCACCAGCACCGCCGACUCUGAGGGGCCAGUAGACUUUAAACAGAAUUGCAAGGAGCUGGUGACCUUCACGCAUAGCUGUAAGAAGUGUCUGACAGUGAUAGAGAGGAAUCACCAGAAUAUCCAGAAAAUAAUGAGCAGCAGCAAAACCCUGCAGCAUAUGAACAUGAGUCUCCUGCAAAAACGAGUAGCAGACCUGCAGGCUUCCUCACAGACCAUGAUAAAGGAAUCUACAGAGUGGCGGAAGCAUGAGGAGGCAAACAGCAGCCUCAUGAAGAGGUUUGAUGAGUCACGGCUCGAGCUGGAGGAGGUUCUUAAAAUGGCCCAGAACUGUCUGACAGAGCGAGGCAACCCGGAGGAGCUGCUCAAGAAACACACAGAAUACUUUGGUCAGCUGGACCAGCGAGUGUUGAAUACUUUCCUCAAGGCUUGUGAUGAGCUGACAGAUAUUUUGCCAGAGCAGGAGCAGCAGUCGCUGCAGGAAACCGUCAGGAAGCUGCACAAGCACUGGAAGGAUAUCCAGACAGAUGCCCCUUUUCACAUCCUGCACCUGAAAGUGGAGGUGGAGAGGAGCAAGCUGACGUUGUUGCUGCAGGAGUCCCAGGCGGAGGUGACAAGGGAGAACCGCCACCUCGCCAGCAUGGGCAGCGAGAGGCUCAUCAAGGAGCACAGGGCCUUCUUCAGGGAAAAGGGCCCUCAGUCCAUCUGCGAGAAAAGGCUGCAGCUGAUGGAGGAACUUUGUCAAAAGCUCCCUGAGAGUGACCCUGCUCACCAGACCCUGGAAACAGCAAGAAAGGAUUUCUCUGAGGUCCAAGAGGAAAUUGAGAACACUCUUCAGAAGAUAAUGCAGCACCCAGAUAAAUGGAAGGAGUACAACGCAAGGUACGCUGAAUUCUCCUGCUGGCUGAUAUCUAAAGAAAGUCAACUGAGGCUGCUGAGAAACCGAGCUAACGACCCCAGAAACUACAGCCAGGUGAAGGCUACCAUCAUGGAGCUGAGAAAUGAUGCCGAGCUGCAGGAAGGGAAUCUUGGCUGGCUGAAAGCUCGUAUGGCCAUACUCAUCGAAAUCUGUGCUGACAGCGAGGCCCAGCGGCAAGGAAGUGCUCUGCGCAAGCUCUCUACGGACUUUAAGGGUCUUCUUGCUUCUCUGUUCGAGGCUGAGAAGAUGGUGCUGGCUGUGGGGGACUGUGUUCAGUUCAGAGAAGAGGUACAAACGACUCUGGAUGACCUUGUUCAGGGGCAGAAAGAGGCUCAGGCUGACGUCACCAAAAUACUGGACAGUCCAACUGUUAGAGAAGCUCAACAACUGCUACUGGUUCACCAGCAAUUGUUGAAACGCCUGAAGCUGAAAAGGAAGGAUGUCCAGCAGCUGAUCACCAGGGGACAGCAGCUCCAGGCCGAGGAGGGUCUGGGAGAGACCCUGCAGCAGGACCUGCAGAGUUUGGAGAACACACUCAGCAAAAUGGAGCAGACCAUGGAUUCACAGGAGCAAAGCCUUGAGGUCACAUUGGCAGCCUGGCAGGAGUUUGACAGUCAGCAGGAGGCGGUGCAUAAGUUUGUCAACAAGGCCCGCUCAACAACAGAGAAAGACCUGAACUUCAGCAGCCCAGAGAGCCUGGCUGUCGAACUCGACCAGGCCAGGGUGUUGUUGAAGCAGUGUGAAGCAGAGGCCUUGCACAUGAACACGCUGCUGAAGAGAUCGACAGAAAUUCAACUUGGUCCCAAAAAUAAGACUCUUCUUUUACAGCAAGCCCGGUCGCUCAGUGAGCAAGUGGACACAGUGGAGGCUGGGCUCAAAAAAGACGUCAGGACUCUGGAGGAGAUGAAGACUCAGUGGGAUCAGUUUGGAGCUGGUUUUGAAACCUUUUCAUUAUGGAUAUCUGAGAAGGAAAAGCAGCUGGAUGCUUUGAAAUCUUCUACUCAGCCUCUCGAGCAACAGAUCAACUCAGUAAAGGCUGUCUGUGCCGAGCUCCAGGGCCGAGCAGAGGUCCUUUCUCAGCUGGAAGCAGAUUCCCAGGCGUUGGCCCAAUUUGUGUCUUCGGGGGAGGCAGCUCGCAUCAAGGCCCGUCUGACCCAAAUUGGCAGGUACUGGGAGGAGCUGAGGGAGAGUGUACAGCAGCAUGAUGGACAGCUGGAGGAAAGCUCCUCCCACCAGCAGAAGUUUAGAACAAGCCUUGAUAAGGUGCAAGCUUCUCUAUCUGAGCUACAUGUCAAAGUGGAGCAACCUAUGAAAUCCUGCACAUCCUCAUCAGAGACCUACAAAGCUCUUCAAAACCACAUGGAUGUCUGUCAGUGUCUGGAGGGGCUGAAGGGAGCCUUGCUGUCCCUGUCAGCUGGUGCUCGAAGACUCAGCGACAAAGAGCAGGCAGAGAGGACGGUGACAGAGCUGAACUCCAGCUAUGACCUAAAUGUGCAGGAGGCAAAGGAUAAACAGAGCACUCUGGAGAACCUGCUUUCUCUUUGGCAAAAGUACGAGAAACAACGGUCAAACUUUGUUUCCUGCUUGGAGAGAAGUGAAUCUACAUCCAAGCCAGAGAGCCCAUACCUGUCAGCGGAUAAAUCCAAACUCCGCUCAGAGCUACAAGAUUUGCAGGUCUUGCACUCUGAGGUCCAGUCCCUUGAGCUGACUCAUGUUGAGUUAGUAUCUGUGGGGACCUCGUUAUUUCCCACUGCACCUGAAGAGAGGGUGAAGCAGCUGAAAGACGAGCUGGAGGCUCUGCAGUGGAGACGACAUGUUCAAAAUGAAGCCCUGCCUCAAAGAGUCAAAGAGCUUCAGAACCAUCUCUCUCUGGUGGAGCAGUUUGACCAGGCCCUGCUUAAAUUCUCCCAAUGGAGUGAGACCAUGCUCUCAAACCUGCACUCAACCUCUCAAAUCAACAUUGGCAACCUGCAGUCUCCUACCGCACAAAUAAAGGAAACCCAGGGGGCCUUACAGAAACAGUCCAGUGUGAGACAGAGCUUGGAGCAGCAGACUGAGAAGCUCUGUCAGUUCUGUGAGCCCAGUGAUGCCCAGCAGCUCCGCAGCAGAGCAGAAAGCUGUCUUCAGCCCUACCUGGAAGCCCGGCACGUAGCUGAGCUGCAGUUGGAGUGUCUGGAGAGGCUUGAGGCUUUUCUGCAGACCCAUGGUGUGGUUUCAGGGAUGCUGCGGGGCCUGCGACAGACUGUGGAGAGUGCUGGGAGCUGGGAUCGCGGAAGAGUAGAGGAGCUCCAGCAGGAACUGGCCUCCAUUGUCCCAGAUAUCGGCCAGCUUGAGACUCAGGCCGUCAAUCUGGACAGUAGUCUCUGUAAAAGCCAUCUCCACAUCGGUGCAGAUGAGGGGUCUCGGAGGUCAUGUCGUAUGCUGGCGGACUCACUCAGUGCUGAGCUGGAUACAGUGAGGAACCUGCUUGGUACAAAACAGAGUGAGGCAGAGGCUCUCGGGGCUCUGUGGACCUCUUUUAGGCAGAGGAAAGAGCAGCUCCUGAAAGCUGUGGAGGACAUUGAAGAAAAAGCAGAUCACCAGAGCUUCAGAGAGCCAAGCCUGCAUGCUCUACAGCAGAGGCUGAGGUUCUUCAAUCAGCUGGAGGAUGAACUGCAGUCUCACCAGCAUGAGGAGCAGUGGCUGAGGGACAAGGGAAACCAGCUUGCCCAGAGAGAUGCAGAGUUUGCCGGGGAGGUGCUGAGGGAAAUCAGCUUGCUGGAGAACACGUGGGAGGACACCAAGAAGCUCAUCACAGAGAGACAGGAGCAAUGCAAUGUUAUUGUAGAGCUCAUGAGAGAAUACCAAACCCACAAAACCUCCAUCAGUACUAUCAUUGAGAGCACUGAGCCUCUGGUUGACAUAAGCUCUGUUCUGAAGGACCACGAGGAAACCAAGAGGUCACUAAGCAAGCAUGAGGCAGUCAAGACAGAGAUGAACAGUAAACAACAUGAACUGGACCAGUUUUCCAGCAAAGGAAAACAACUAGUGAUUGAGCUGAAGAAGAUCCCAGACUGUGACUCUGAGCUGAUGAAAAAGGACAUGGAGAAGCUUGUGGAUCAGUGGUUAGAUGUGUCUGAGAAAAUAGAAGACAACAUUGAUCGCCUGAAACAGAGUUUGUCUCUGUGGGAUGAAGUGCGCAAAAUCGGCGAAGAUAUUGAGAGCUGGACAAGCAGCUGCGGGAGUGAACUGAACGAAAGCCUGAACAACCUCAACGACAGUCAGAAGUUGAUGGAAAGACUCUCAAUGUUACAGGAGGAAAUGGGUGAGAAGGAGCAGAAACUUGAAACGCUAGCGAGCAAAGUGUCAGAGCUGAAGAAGUCCAGUCAAAGCCAAGAGACUCCUGCUAAAUUACAGGUGCUAGAGAAUGACCUGCGGAAGAAGAUCAGCACUGUUCAGAAGCUGCAUGAGCAGGCCCGAGGAAAUCUCAUGGACUUCAGUUUCCAAAGGAAACAGUUAGAGGACUACAUCUCCCAGAUGUCUGCAUGGCUGAAAAGUAUGGAGGAUUCUCUGGUUUCUUCUCCUGCUGGCUCAGAUCCUGAGGACAUCUGCAGAGUGAAGGACCUCCAGAAAGAGCUGCAAAAUCAGCAGGGGAGCAUUGACUCCACCAGGGAGAGCCUCAACACCCUGUGCAGAAAAUAUCCCUCCGAAGAACUGGCUGGUCUGGGUUCAGCACUCACCGAUCUCAUCAAGACUUAUGAGUCUGUGAAUCAGCUUUCUGCCAGAACGCUGGCAUCACUGCAGAACUGUCUUCAGCAGCAGUUCAAUGACCUGGUUCAGGAGUUUCAUCGCUGGCUGUCAGAGCAGAGGGAGAUAGUGAAAGAGUGCUCUGAUCGAUCUGGAGACACUCAAAUCGUGGAACGCAAACUACAGAAACUAAAGGGCGCCAUGGAUCGUGUGGAGGAGGGUGAGGUCCGUCUUACACAGGUCUGUGAGGAAGGAGAGAAGCUCCUGCUCCAUCUUCCCAAAGCCAGUGCUGGGCAGGUCCAGCAGAACCUUUCCUCCAUCCAGCAGGACUGGGACAGCUUUGUGGAGCAGUGCAGACAGAACCAACAGAUCCUGGAGGACAGUGCUUCCCUCAUGAAGGGAUUUGAGGGUCGCCUUAAGAAACUGAGGUGGUGGUUGGAACAUAUGGAAAAGAGGAUGACCACAGAUUUGAUGGAAGCCAAGCAGCAUGGUCCUGAAAAAGCUGUUCUCGAGCAAGUGGAGGAAUAUCAGCAGGAGGUGCUCAAAGAAAGGGAUUCAUUUGAGCGCUUAUGUCAGGAGGGCCAGGCAUUAAACGAAGGUGGGCGAGGUGACGGUAGUGAGACGAGGGUGUCAGCGCAGCUGCAGUCACAGCACCAGGCCUUGCUGAGGCGUGUGAGAGAGCGGUUACACAGCUGCCAGCUCACUCUACAGGAGCAACAAGCCUUUGAAGAGACGCUGCAGGCGACCUGGAACUGGCUUAAUGGGGUCCAGGAGCGCCUGGCUUCACUGAACAGCACAGUUGGCAAUAAAGAGACUCUGGAGAAAAGGCUUGGUCUUAUACAGGAUAUCCUACUAAUGAAAGGUGAAGGUGAGGUGAAGCUCAACAUGACAGUAGGAAAAGGAGAACAGGUACUGAAGCACAACAGAAUGGAGGGACAGGAGGCCAUUUGUUCACAACUCCAGAGCCUGAAGGAUGCCUGGGCCAACAUGUUGAUGACUUCGAUGAGCUGCCACAGUCGUCUGGAGUGGACCGUGGCCCAGUGGACCAGCUUUCAGGAAAAUAAGGGCCAGCUGCAGCAGUGGAUGGAGUCAGUAGAGCAGGAGGUGGGCAUGACUCUGCCUCAGCAGCCUGGCCUCAAAGAGAAGUCCGCUUUGCUCGAACGCCUCAGAGCCAUCCAGGCUGAUGUGGACGCUCACGCCGGAGCACUGUCACGCCUAUCAGACAAAGCGGUGGAGAUGCACGAGAAAACUGGAGACCAGACCUUUGGACAAGAAUCGAGGGCAGAGCUCAACGCACAUUUCGCUGAUAUCGCAGCUGUUGUCAAGGGUAAAGUGCAGUCCAUGCAAAACGUUUUGUCUGAGCAUGAGCAGUAUCUCGAUGCUGUGAGAGACUUCAAUGACUGGCUGGUCUCGGCUAAAGAGGAAUUGCAGCGCUGGUCGGACCUGUCAGGAAACUCAGUCUCUGUUAAAAGAAAGCUCUCCAAGGUGCAGGAGUUGCUCGACUCCAAGCAGCGCGGCAGAGAGAGGCUGAACCGGGUUCAAAGAUGUGGGGCGGUGGCGAGAGAUCACACUGGCUCAGGGGGCUACGAGGCUAUGGAGCGAGAGGAAGCAGCCCUGUUGUCUUCAUGGGAACAGUGGGAGCGUGGAGCGCUGCAGACACGGGCCAGUCUGGAGACCGCCCUCUCCCAGAUAGCCAGCUCUGAACAAGAGUUCAACAGCCUGUCGGCACAGCUGGAACAGGACCUGCAGGACUUCAGCCGUCAGCUGAAAGAAUGGCGUCUACGGUUGGCCAGUGUAGAGGGAACGAAUGAUGGAGAAGAAGCUGUUAAACGGUGGCAGAUGGCAAAGGACACUGUGGAGGAACUUGUCAAAGCUGAGCCAGUGUCUGAUAGUCUGAAGACUCUGCUCAAUGAUCUAUGCCGAUUCUCCAGAGAUAUGGGAGUUCAGUCUGAGAGAGUGUCUGCUCUCAUUAAGGAAUACAACAGUCUGAGUCUCUUAGCAUCCAGGGAGUGCCAGAACAAAGAGAAGCUGCUGGACCAAGGUUUCCGUUCAGCCUUCAGAGAGUUCCAGCAGUGGUUGGUCAAUGCCAAAAUCAAUACGGCCAAGUGCUUUGACGUGCCUCAAAAUCUCAACGAGGCCGCAUCGAGCUUGCAGAAGAUUCAGGAAUUUCUAGGCGACAGAGAGCUGGGUCAGUCAAAGCUGAAUGCUGUUGUUGUGAACGCUGAGCUCAUCUCGAGCAUCGCAGGAAAAGACAAAGUUGAUGCAGUUCGGGCAAAAAUGAACACUGCCAGAGAGGACUGGAAAAACAUGAUGUCUAACCUGCACAACAGAGAAGCGAACCUACAAAACCUUUUGUCUCAGAUGAAGGACUUUGAGGCCUGUGCUGAGCCCCUUCAGGACUGUCUGAAUGCUACAGACCUGGCUGUUCAGGAGAGCAGCACCAGGCUUCACGAUCUCACAGCCAAGAAGUCAGAGCUUCACAAGCUACAGGAGAAGGCGUCUCGGAUCGAUCGAAUAGUCACUGAGCACCAGCUCUUCUCUCAGGGGUUAAAGGAGCUUCAGAACUGGGUGUCUGACACCAGCCACAUGCUGCAGACUUACUGUGCCCCCACUGCUGACAAAAACGUUCUUGAUAGCAGGAUGAUCAAGCUGGAGGCCUUGCUGACCGCUCGUCAGGAAAAGGAGAUCCAGCUUAAGAUGCUGAUCACAAGAGGAGAGUCCGUUCAGAGGAACACGUCAGCUGAGGGAAUUCCUGUCAUCCAAAAACAAAUACAGGAGCUAAAAGACUCCUGGGAUGCUCUGCUCUCUGCUUCUAUUCAAUGCAAAAGUCAGCUGGAGGGCUCCCUGUCUCAGUGGACCAGUUAUCAGGAGGAUGUACGACAGUUUGUGGCCUGGGUUGAACGUGUGGACGAGAGUCUUGACCCCACUGAUAAACAGUGUCCAGAGAUGAGAGACAAAACCACUAAUCUGAGCAGAUCCAAGUUGCUGCAUGAAGAAGUUCUGAGCCACAGCAGCCUCCUGGACACAAUCUCUGCAAAGAGUGCCAGUAUUGCUGAGAACUAUGUAGCUCAACUGGAGCUCCAAGAUCUGCAAGAGCGCUACAACACCAUCAAAGACAAUACCAUGAGGGCAGUAGGCAAAGCAGAGGAGCUGGUGAAAUCCCACCAGGAGUAUCAGCGGGGCCUGCGUGCGUUCGAGGACUGGCUGGAAGAGGAACAAGAGAAGCUUGGUUGCUACACACAGCUGGAGGGGGAUGUUGAUAUGCUGGAGGAGACUCUACAGAAGCUGCAGGAACUGCAGCUGCACUGUACAGAGGGCCAGGCUCUGCUGAACACAAUACUGGUGAGUCGAGAACUGGUCAUUCCUUGGGGACUCCCUCAGACUGAAGACCGAGCGCUAGAGACCCUGCAGCAGGAGUGGAGGUUGUACCAAGGCCGGCUGGCCGACACCCGGUCUCAGCUCAACAGUGCUCUGGCCAAACUGCGGCAGAUGGAACAGAAGUUCCAUCAUCUUGACAGCUGGUUAAAGGUCAUGGAGACCAAAGCACAACUGCGUAGCCAUCGGAGGUCUGACCUCACCACUAAAGAUGCUCAGCUCCAGCUGAUAAAGAGCUGGCAAGAGGAGGUGCUGGUUUAUCAAGAGGAGAUGGAGGGCCUUAGUCUUCUGGCUCAGCAGGUUCUUGAUGAAACUCACAUAAGCAGCAGGAUCAGCACCAGAGCCACUCAGAUCACAGCCCGCUACCAUGCUCUACUUCUGCAUUUACUGGAGACGAUCAAACAGCUGCAUAAGGAAGUGUCUUGCAUUGAAGAGGCACAGUGUGUUUUCAGGACGUUCUCAGACUGGCUCAGCACAGCUCAGAACAACUUCAGCACUGUGGCUAUAAGUGUUGAUGUAGUGGACCGAUUCGCCAUGGAGAGAAAGAUGAAGAAACUAGAGGCUCUCCAGCUUGACAUGGAGCAGGGUCACAAUUACCUCAAGACAAUGAGGGAGAAGACGGAGCGAGCCAUGGCGUUCUUGGAGGAGCAUGAAGGCGAGCAGCUAAAGGAGGAGGUGGACACGCGCCUCUUCCAACUCGAGGAGUUGAUGACCGCUCUGCGCACAGAGCACAGCUCACUAGAGAAAUGUAUCUCGCUCUCUAAAGAUUUUAUGGAUAAAUACAAGGGCCAGGCCCAGUGGGUGAUGGAGACCAAGAACCUUCUAGCAUCAAGUGUAGAGCCUAAAGCUGAGCUCUACCAGAAGAAGGCGCAGCUAGCGAAGUACAAGACAAUCCAGCAGACAGUGCAGUCCCAUGAGUCAGCAGUGAAAUCUGUCAUUGAGAAAGGAGAGGCCCUGCUCGACACAGUCCACGACCCAACUAUAAGUGACAACAUGAAAAAGUUGCAGGCUGACUACCAAGACAUCUGUUUGGCAACAAAGACACAGGUCCAGAAUCUUGUGGAGUGGGUCAAAGAGCACGAGGAUUACAACAGCGAGUUGCAAGAGGCUGAGAAAUGGCUGUUACAGAUGUCCAGUAGGCUCGUCACUUUUGACUCCAUGCGGACCGGUAGUAUGGAGAUGGCCACUCAGCAACUUGCCCGACACAAGGCAAUAAUGGAGGAGAUUGCCAGUUUUGAGGAGCGUCUCACAAGCUUGAAGCAGAAAGGAGAGGGUCUUGUUGCCAGUUGUACAGACCAAGUUCAAGCUAAGAUCAGUCAACAAGUCCAGGCUCACCAGCAAGGAACCAGAGAUAGCUACUCUGCCAUUUGCAGCACUGCUCAACGUGUGUAUCAGAGUCUAGACCGGGAUCUGCAGAAACAUGUCAAUCACCAGGACACUCUCCAGCAGUGCCAGACCUGGCUCUCCGCAGUGCAGGAGGAGCUCCAUCUGAACGCUCAGGGACCGUCCGGUCUGCAGGAGUCACUGAAGCAGGCAAAGCACUACAGGGCCCUUCAGGAGCAGGCCAGCACUUACCUGGACUUGGUGUGUUCUGUGUGUGACCUGUCUGACGAUGCUGUGAGAGUGACAGCUGCUGAGGUCCAGCAGGUCAAACUCACGAUAGAGGAAAGGAUGUCCAGUGCACAUGUGCUGUCAGAGGGUUGGAGAGAGAUCAAGGAACAGAAACAAGAUCUAACCAGCCUGUUCCAGGACAUGGAGCAGCAGCUCCUCAGCCUCUCCAGGCGACCCGCAGAGCUGGAGACCAAGAUAGCACAAAACAUGCUGUCACAAGCCAAGGACUGCAGCCAGCAACUGCAGUCCAAACAGAAUAUCCUGACCAAGAUGACAGAAACUGUGAGCAGAUUGACUGGUGGCCAGGAAUCUCCAGAGCAUGCAGAGCUGCACCGUCUGAGCCAUUCCUGGCUAGAGCUCUGUCAACAGGCCAACAAGCUGGAGAGCCAGAGGGAGGAGGAUCUGCAGAGGUCUAAAGAAUAUCAUGACUGUAUCUCUGCGGUGGAGGCACUGUUCGAACAGGUGUCCAAAGAGUGGGACAACCUGGCCAGAACGGAUGCUGAAAGUUCAUAUCAGCACUUGGAGGCUUUACGGAAACUUGCCGUGACUCUGGAAGAACAAAAAGGAACUCUUGAAGACCUUAAGGAGCAGAAACAGAAAGUCAUCCAUCAUUUGAACUUGGAUGAUAAGGAGCUGGUAAAAGAGCAGAUCAGCCACUUUGAGCAGAGAUGGUCUCAAAUGCAAAGUCUGAUUGAGAAGAAAAUACAUGACUCUGUGGUGACGCUAGAAGAUAUGAGCCAAGUAGAAGCACGUCUAAGAGAAGCUCGGGACUGGGCAGAGGAGCAGCAACCUGCCCUGUCUGAGGCCAUGAAAAUGAGUCCUCCUCCUGAGCUGGCCCAGAGCUUCUUGUUUGACCACCUGAGCAUCUGCAGUGAGUUGGAGGCCAAGCAGCUCCUGCUGGCUCAAGCCAUGACCGAUGCCGACAGGGUGCUCCCUCGGCUGGGCCUCAGUGAACGGCAGCAUUUGCAAGUGAUGAUUUCUGACACUCAGUCUGAGGUGGAAUCUUUAAGUGUGAAAGUGGUGCAGCGCAGAAAGCACCUCAGCAAAGCUUUCACAGAGAGGACACAGUUCCUAAUGGCUGUGAGUCAGUCAAUUUCCUGGGUCCAACAGAACGAGAAGAAGGCCCAGGCAGAGGAGUACAUUGCCUUGUUACCUGAUGACCUGGCCAAGCAGGUCAGAACAUGCAGAAACAUCCAAAGCAGUCUGAAAGCAUAUCAGAGCGAGCUGACCUCCCUGUGGUCUCAGGGCAGGGAUCUGAUGAGGGAUGCCAGCGAGGAAGAAAGGAACGAGAUUCUCACAAAGUUACAGGAGCUGCAAAACAUCUUUGACAAGACGUUACACAGAUGUGGCCAGAAACUUCAUGAGCUGGAAAAAGUGCUUGUCUCCAGAAAGUAUUUCAAAACUGAUCUUGAGAAAAUAUGUCUGUGGAUAAAACAAGCUGAUAUAGUCACAUUUCCCGAAAUAAAUCUGAUGGUUGGAGAUGCUGAGUUGGAAGCUCAGCUUCUGAAGUAUCAACUGAUAGUUGAGCAGGCAAUUGAAUAUGAGAACCUACUCCUGAUUGUACAAAGAGCAGGCCAGGAAAUAUUGCCCACUCUAAAUGAAGUAGACCACUGCUAUUUGGAUGAGAAACUCAACACCCUCCCUCAACAAUAUAACAGCAUAUUAACAUCCGGCAAAGAGAAACAGGAGAAAAUCCAGCAGGCUAUUCUUACAAGGAAUGAGUACACAUCUUUCAUAGAUGUCACUCAUAAAGCACUGAAAGAGCUCGAGGAGCAGUUCAAUACCCUUGGCACACAGCCUGUAGGCCUGCAAACAGAAGAAGUUGUCAGUUUGCAGAAUGAUUACAAAGCAAUUCAGGCAGAUCUAGGCAACCUGGGUCUUGCUGUGAGUGAACUGAACCAGAAGAAGGAGGGAUUUCGGAGCACUGGUCAACCCUGGCGCCCAGAGGAAAUGACCCAACUUGUGAGCCUGUACAACGGCCUGAAGAGGCUGGUAGAGCAAAAAGUAGAGCAUCUGGAUGAAACCUUAGAGUCAUUUGAGGACCAUAAGGCGAUGGCUAUGCAGGUAGACUUUGAGUUAAAGGCCACAAAAGAGCAGCUGGUUAAAGUCAAUGCAGAGACCCAGUCAGCUGAGGAGAGGUUGAAGAACUACCAUACUCUGGCAGGGAGUCUCCAGAGUGCCAACUCUCACUUGUCGAGGCUCAUGGAUCAGAUGGACACUCUCGCACCCCGUGUGGACCAAGCAGCUCAAGACGCCUCUAAAGAGCAAGUGGUCCUGUGGCAAGAGGAGCUGCGCUCCUUGCAGGCUGCAGUCGGGGACCUGAUAGAGGAGUGUGAGAACAGGUUUAUUCAGAGUAAAGACUUUGAGACAGAGAUGAAAAGGACCCUGGACUGGCUGCAGCAGGUCAGGGAUGAACUGGACUGUGCUGUGAUUGUGGAUGUGAGGGUGGAGAAGGUGCAGGAGGAGAUCAGGAAGCAGCAAAUCAUGCAGGAGGAAGUGCAGUCCAGACUGAGGAUUGUGGCUGCUCUCAGCAGCAGAGAGAAUCAGAAGUAUGUGAGUGCCAAUGAGCUUGUCCCAGCCCACGUAGAUACAAGCCUGGAGGAGAUGGCAAAGCUGCAGGCCGACGUUCAAAAAGCUCUGAGCUCAAAACAGAUUACUCUGGAGGAAGCCCUGGUGUUGUGUCAGAAGUAUCACUUCAGGAUGCAGUCAGCCUGUGAAUGGCUGGAGGACGCCGUAUCCUUCCUGCAACAAGCUAGCUUGGGUGUGGAUGUGGAGAACUAUGAAGAGUGUCUCCGGCAACAGACUGACAUCGUGUCCACAGAGCAGGAGUUCCUCACCCACCUGGAGGAACUGCAAUCACUGCUUCCACAGCUGGAGAACCUUGUCAACCCAGUAGCUAAAGAGCAGCUGCGUGUGAGCUUGGAGUCGGCGAAGCAACGAGGUGUGGAGGUCCAAGAUCAGCUCCAGUGUCACCAGGAUGUCCUUCAAAGCUGUGUGAUUCAGUGGAAGUCCUACCAGGAGGCAAGGCAGACUGUCAUUGAGCUCAUGAACGAGGCUGAGAAGAAGCUGACUGAAUUCUCCACUGCAAAGGCAGCCACAAGCCAAGAGGCUGAGGAUAGGCUCUGCAGCCAUCAGUGCCUCGUAUCACUGGUGAAUGGCUUCCAAGAGAAACUGAGUGGUUUGGAGGAGCAAGCCUCUCAGCUGGAGCUUGUGGGGAGUGAUGUCAGCAAGGCCACCAUCAGUCGCUCAAUGACCACCGUGUGGCAGCGCUGGACACGGCUACGCAGCGUGGCCCGGGGACAGGAGAGAGUACUGGAGGACACAGCGCAGGAAUGGAGGACUUUCAGGGAAAAGAUGGUGAAGGUGAGAGCAGUCUCUGAUGAGCUCCAAAGUCGGUUCCCUGAUACUGCCAUUGAAAAGGCCUCCAAAGCCACGCUGCAGUCUCUGUUGGACCAGCACGACGUGCUGAGCCAAGACUUGGAGAGGGAGCUCUCCUCUCUGAUGCUGCUCCGCCAGUACGCCCUCAGCCUUUUGCACGAUGUUGAAGUACCCUCGCCGACAAGUGAACAGGAUGAGCUGCCCAGCCUGAAGGAGAUCAGAGCUGUACAAGAUCAGAUGGAAAGCCUCCUGACACAGUCCAGGACUAAGAGAGCUCAAACUGCUCAGGAACUGAGGGACCGGGAGGAAGUGGAGAAGGAGCUCAGUGUUGUGAAAGCCUGGAUCCAGGAGACUCGGGAGCUUCUUCUCAAUCCCACUCCAGAUAUUGAUUCUCUGCUGCAGGAGCUUGAGAUUGUACAUGAAGAUGUCAUCACUUAUCGCCAGAAUGUGGAUAAAUUAGCAGAGCAGCAACAGAGCAAGUACCUGGAUCUCUACACCAUCCUGCCGUCUGAAAUCUCCAUGCAACUGGCUGAGGUUUCACUUGCAUUGGGUGCUAUCGAGGAUCAGGUUCUUUCUAAAGAGAGAGAAAUUCAGAAAACGAGGGAAAUAAAAGAGGACUUCAGUUCCAGAAUCCAUGACAUCUCUGAGAAACUCAACGCUAUCACUGUCAAAUUCAAGGAAAAAUCCCCAGAUGUUGAUCAUGCCAAAGAAGAGGUCAAGAGCUUGGCCGAGGAUUUGGACGUUUGCGGUCGCUCCCUCGCAGAACUGGAUUACGCUGUGCAAGAGUUUGGCCGCAGAAACCCCCUGCUGGCCAAACAGCUGAGCGAUGCUAUCAGCAAACUAUCAGAGAUGCAUCAUCACACCACUCGUCUAGCAGACUGUCGGAACAACUGGCUGAAAAAGGCUGUCUGCCAUUUAGACGAGUAUAAUGAGAUGCUGGACUUCAUCGUGAGGUGGUCAGAGAAAGCCAAAAGCCUGGUGAAGGCCAACAUCAUCUGGAACUCCUCUGUUCACUUGCAGGAGCAGAUGCGAAUGUAUCAGGCGGUCCUGCGUGAGUCCCGGGAGCUCCACGGUGACCUGGAGUCGAUGGCGGAGAAAGUAGACCUCCUGUCUGAGGUGCUGCAGGUUGAAGCUGUGAGCCAACAGGUUUGUGAGCUCAGUCGAAACACAGAGGAGCUUCAGCAAAACAUCAAGACACGGCUGCAGAGCUUGGAGGAUGCAAAUAAGAGUAUGGAGGCCCUGGAGUAUGAAGUUAAGGCGCUUCACGUUGCUCUGGAGCAGGUCCAAGCCACACUGACCUCACCAGAGUUGGCACGCCAGAGCCUCAAAGAACAGCUCACUCAGAGACAGCGUCUGUUGGCAGAUAUGGAGAUCUUCAAGCAGCAGGUGCAGGCAGUGCAGCUGUGUCAGAGUGCUCUGUGGGUCCCAGAGGAGGUGAUGCCCAACCUUGCCAUUUGUCGCACAGCUCUGCGUCUGCAGCAAGAAGCCAGUCAGUUGCAGCAUGUGGCCAUUCAGCAGUGCAACAUCCUACAGGAAGCAGUGGUGCAGUACGAGCAACAUGAACAGGAAGUGCGAGACCUACAGGGGCUGAUCGAGGAAGCACACCGUGUCAUCCAGGACCGACCGAUCCCCACCAGCAGCAUCCAGGAGCUGCAGGCCCAGAUCCUUCACCAUGAAGAACUCGCCCAGAAAAUCAAAGGCUACCAAGAGCAGAUCGCCUCACUGAACUCCAAAUGCAAGAUGCUUGCAGUGAAGGCCAAACACGCCACCAUGCUGCUGACUGUGACUGAUGUGGAGGGGCUGCCUGAGGGGCUGCAGGAGAUGGACGGGGACAAAUCAAAGAAAUCGUCAGCCCAAGCCGUCAUGAUGACGGCUGGCCGUUGUCACACUCUCCUGUCUCCUGUAACUGAGGAGUCUGGGGAGGAGGGCACUAACAGUGAGGUCUCUUCUCCUCCUGUCUGUCGCUCUCCCUCCCCCAUCACUUACACUGAGGCCACUAUAACCAAGAUGGGAAGAGGAACCCUCAUAAGAGCUCCAAUCCAAGAAUUAUACGACCCAACGUUUGAGUCCGUGGCCAACCUGGACGACCUGCAGCGCUCCUGGGAAACAUUAAAGAAUGUGAUCAGUGAGAAGCAGAGGUCUCUGUAUGAAGCUCUGGAGAAACAACAACAUUACCAGGGUUCGCUGCAGUCAAUCUCCUCUAAAAUGGAAGCUCUAGAGGCCAAACUGAGUGAGCCUGUGGAGGCAGAUAAAAGCCCAGAUAGCCACGUAAAGGCCAAAGAGGGUCUGACGGAAGAGAUUCAGAGUGUGCAGGAGGAAAUCGACAGGCUGCAAACAAGCUUCACAGAGGAACUGGGCUCAGAGGCUGGGGACUCAGACAUGGCUGACCAGCUUGCCAUGCAUUCCUCCCUGGCUGUGUUAGCGCAGAGGAUGGCCACCAUCCACAUGAAGGCCUCAGGGAAACAACAGCUAUUGGAGGAGCGCGUUAGUGACCGUCUGGAGGGUCAGCGUCAGGAAGAGGCCAUACAGCUGUAUCACAACCAGGCCGAUGAACUGGACCAGUGGUUGGUCAGCAUGCGCAGUGCUGUCACCUCCACCCUUGAACUGGAACCUCUGGAGGAGACAGACAUGGAGGAUCAGCUUGCUGAAUGCCAGAACAUGCUGCUGGAGAUUGAAGAGAAGGUGCAGGCUCUGUCUGAGCUGUCCAUGCACAGUGAGAACCUGCUGCUGGAGGGUCGCACAGAGACCAGGGAGGAUGCCGAGCAGCUAGCCAGGAAGUUGGUCACAUUGAAGGGCGGCCUGCAGGAGCUGCAGAGGAUGCUACAAGAUAAGCAAAGUAACAUCCAGUGUUCUCUGCAGGAGCAGGACAGCAGCGAAUCAGACUCCAGUCUCUCACAGAGUCCCAGUGUGCAGGAGUGGCUGGCCCAGGCCCGGACCACACGGACCCAACAACACCAGGACAGUCUUCAGAGUCAGAGGGAGCUUGAGGAGCAACUUGCAGAGCAGAAAAGGUUGCUUCAGUCGGUAGCAAGCAGAGGAGAGGAGAUUCUCAUCCAGCAGGCCUCACCCAGCAGUGCCAGUACAACAGAGCCAUUCUCACCAGCAGCUUUGGUUGAGAGGGAUUCUCAGGUGGAACGAGAGCAGAUGAGGCAGAGAUGGGAGAGCCUGAGGCUAGAGCUGAAGACCAAACUGGAGCUCCUGCAGAAAACUCUGGAGCAGGACCACAAGCAGCCGGUUUAUUCCAGAGCCUCUCGGGUGACCACCGCUGGAUCAUUGUUCAGAGGAGAAACGCAAGCCGACAAAUCGUCCCUGAAGACUCUGUACGACAGCUUCAGACAAGCAAUAGAAGACAUAACCACUCAGCCCGGUGGUGGUGAGACACAGGUGGCGCAGAUGGAACAGCAGCUCUACACAGCUGUGUCAUCCACCUCCUCCUGGCUGGAUGGUGUCGAGAACAACGUCUUCUCUGGCUCAGUGCUGCUGGCUGAAAACGCAGAGACCCGCCUACAAAAGCAGGAGACAUUAGAAAAUGACGUGAUGCAUAUGACGGAGGAGGUGAAGCUUAGUCAGUCUCUCCUAGCCGGGUCCUCUGGUCUGAGCCAUGAAGACCGAGCGCUGCUAGAGGACAACCUCGAGUGCCUGAAAGAGAGAUUGGGAGCUCUGGGUUGCGCUCUGGGACAACGCUGUGACCACAUGAGGACCAGAGCACAUGAACUCACAGCCUACCAGACUGAGUUACAGCUUCUCCAAACUGCUUUAAUUGAGACCAAGUGCCAGAUCCUACAGGCCUUAGCUGGAGCCAUGGAAAGACCAGCCUCAAAGCAGCUGGAGGUUAUUGCCAGUGCAGAGGAGAACCUGAAAGAUUUUGAACAGAGCAUUACAGAGAUCAAAACGAGAGGAGCAGCACUGCAGGCAGAUCAGAUAUCGACAAACAAAAUACUGAAACUCCAGGAUUCCUUUGAGGAGCUGGUGAUGACGGUGGGCUCCCGACGCAGCGGGCUGAACCAGAACAUUGCUCUGAAGGAGCAGUAUGAACGGGCUCUGCAAGACCUGACAGACCUGGUGGACACAGCCAAGGACAAGAUGGCUGCUGAUCAGAGGAUCAUUGCCAGCUCUGUGGACGAAGUCCAGCAUCACCUGGACAAACACAAGGAGUUCUUCCAGGGUCUGGAGUCCCACAUGAUUCUAACUGAAACGUACUUCCGGAAAAUCAGUGGCCUGAUGCUUCCCAAAGAGAGCCAAGGCCUGGAGGAAACACUGGCCGAGGCUCAGAGUAUCCUGAAAGAGGCACACAGUAAAGGAGUGGAGCUUGAGUGUAUCCUGGAGACUUGGUGCCGACUGGUGCAGGAUUACCAAAGUCUGAACCGACAGUUGGAGACAGUUGAGGGAAGUAUCCCCUCUGUUGGUCUGAUGGAGGAGACGGAGGAAAGGCUCAUGGAAAGAAUCUCAUUAUAUCAGGGUCUGAAGGGCAGACUGACAGAGCACCAGCACAAGCUCCACCAGGUGCUGGACGAGGGUAAAAAUCUCCUGCUGUCAGUUUGCUGUCCUGCGCUGGAGAAUCAACUGGCGCUGCUCGGAGAACACUGGCUCACCAACACCGCCAAGGUCAACAAGGAACUGCAGCGGCUGGAGGCCAUCUUGAAACACUGGACCAGGUAUCAGAGGGAGUGUGCUGAGCUCAGUGAGUGGUUGCAGUCUGCUCUGGAGCGACUGGAGUUUUGGAACACGCAAGCGGUGCUGGUCCCGCAAGAGCUGGAAACCGUCCGAGACCAUCUCUCUGCUUUCCUUGAGUUUUCAAAAGAAGUCGAGGGCAAGUCCAGCCUGAAAAGCUCAGUGGUGACGGAGGGCAACCAGUUGCUGCGACUGAAGAAAGUGGACACAGUGAUGCUGCGCUCGGACCUGGCACGCAUUGACACACAGUGGAGUGAGCUGCUCACACGUAUCCCAGUUGUCCAGGAGAAGCUGCAUCAGAUCCAAAUGGAGAAGUUGGCCUCUCGUCACGCCAUCUCUGAGCUGUUCAACUGGAUCUCCUUGAUGGAGAAUAUCAUUGAGGAAGAUGAAGAAAACCUUAAAAGUGCUGUGGGUUCGAAUGUGAUUCAAGACUACCUGCAAAAAUACAAGGGCUUCAGGGUUGAUUUAAGCUGCAAGCAGCUGACCGUGGACUUUGUCAACCAGUCAGUGCCACAGAUGAGUGGUCAGGACGUGGAGAGCAAGCGCAGUGAUAAGACCGACUUUGCUGAGCGUCUGGGAGCCAUGAACCGACGCUGGCAGAUCCUACAAGGCCGCAUCAACGAGAGGAUACAGUUCCUGGAGGGUGUUUUGGAGAUGUGGGUGGAGUAUGAGAGCAGCAUUCAGGCCCUAAAAUCCUGGAUGGCAAAUCAAGAAGAUAGACUCAAGAGGAAAAAUAGGAUAGAGGAUUUGACGUCUGUGCAGAAUGCUCUCAGAGACUGUCAGGAGAUGGAAGAGUUUGUGAAGGAAAAAGAGAAAGAACUAGAGCGGGUGGAGGAGCAGGGCUGUGCUCUUGUCCAGAACAAGACCGAUGAGGCCUGUGCUAUCGUCAUGGAAACACUCCAGUGUGUCAAUCACACCUGGGCUAACCUGGACCACUUGAUUGGUCAACUAAACAUCAGCCUGAAGUCGGUGCUGGAUCAGUGGAGUCUGUACAAGCGAGCUUCAGAAGAGAUCAAUGGCUACCUGAUGGAGGGAAGGUACUCAGUGUCUCGUUUCCGCCUGCUGACAGGCUCCCUGGAGGCCGUUCAGCUGCAGGUCCGGAGUCUGCAGGAUUUGCAAGAGGAACUGGAGAAACAGGAGAGCAGCCUGAGAAGGUUUGGUGCUGUGACCCACCAACUGCUGAGGGAGUGUCACCCAUCAGUGUCAGACUCCCUAAACAACACCCUCAAGGACGUCAAUGCGAGAUGGACUGGUUUACUCGAGGAGAUUGCUGAGCGCCUGAGAAGCAGCAAAGCUUUGCUCCAGCUGUGGCAGCGCUACAAGGAACUUUAUGAGCAGAGCUACCACAGCAUCCAGCUGCAAGAAGAGAUGGCCGACCAGCUCCUCAAGUCCACCUGCAGCAAGGACAUUGCUGACGAGGAAGUGUCGGACUGGAUCCGAGAAUGCAGCGAGUUGCUGCGGUCCCAAGCUCCGGUGCAGGCCUCCCUGCUAGUUCUCCAGGAACUGGGAGAGCAGCUGAAACAGCAGGUGGACACGUCUGCAGCAUCUAAUAUCCAGUCAGAUCACCUCUCCCUCACCCAGCGGCUUACUGCUGUGGAACAGUCCCUUACCAGGCAGCUCACCACCCUGCAGACUGGAGUUCAAGAUUAUGAAACCUUUAAUGAUCAGCUGGAUUUGUUGGGGUCCUGGAUCAUUGAAGCUGAGGAGGCUCUGAAGAUGCAAGAUCCCAACGGCUCCACCGACCUGUCAGUCAUCCAGGACUGCAUGGACCAUCUCAAGAGGCUCAUGUUGAAAUUCAGCAGUAUGGCUCCUGAAUUAGAGCGACUGAAUGAGCUCGGUUAUCGGCUCCCACUCAACGAUUCAGAGAUCAAACGCAUGCAGAACCUGAACAGGAGCUGGUCAACAGCCUCAUCACAAACCACAGAGAGAUUCAGCAAACUCCAGUCCUUCCUGCUGCAGCAACAGACUUUCCUGGAGAAGUGUGAAACAUGGAUGGAGUUCCUGGUCCAAACUGAAGAGAAUCUGGCAGUGGAAAUUUCUGGGAACUACCAGAGUUUGAUGGAGCAGCAAACCGCUCACGAGUUAUUUCAAGCGGAGAUGUUCAGUCGCCAACAGAUCCUCCACUCGAUCAUCAGUGACGGACAGCGGAUGUUGGAGCAGGGUCAGGUAGAUGACAGAGAUGAGUUCAAUCUUAAGUUGGCUCUGCUGAGCAACCAGUGGCAGGGCGUAGUGCGCCGUGCACAGCAGAGGCGCGGAAUAAUCGACGGCCUGAUCCGCCAGUGGCAGCGAUACAGAGAAAUGGUGGAGAAGUUACGCAAAUGGCUGGUGGAGGUCUCCCAGCCUGCAGAGGCCCUUCAGGCAGGCACUACCAUGCCUCUACAACAAGCCCGCUCAAUGCUGGACACUGUCCAGCUGAAGGAAAAAGUGCUGCAGCGUCAGCAGGGCAGCUACAUCCUGACAGUGGAGGCCGGCAAACAACUGCUCCUUUCGGCUGACUGCCGGGCGGAGAUGCUCCUGCAGGCAGAGCUCACUGAUAUACAAGAGCGGUGGAAACGUGCCAACGUCUGCCUGGAUGAGCAGAAGAGAGAGCUCGUCACCCUGUUAAAGGACUGGGAGAGGUGUGAGAGAGGCAUCUGUGGAUCACUGGAAAAGCUCAGAGCCUUUAAAAGACAGCUCUCUCAGCCUCUUCCUCAUCACCAUGAGGAUCUGCAAGCUGAGCAGAUGCGCUGCAAGGACCUGGAGAAUACAUUCGAUGGCUGGACGGGGGAUCUGGCUCACCUGUCUGUGCUGAGAGAGUCUCUGUCUUGUACCAUCAGCGCUGAAGACCUCUCUGUCCUGCAGGAGCGAGUGGAGCUGCUGCAUAGACAGUGGGAUGAAAUCUGCCACCAGUUGUCCCUGCGCAGGCAGCAGGUGAGUGAGAAGCUGAAUGAGUGGACUGUGUUCAACGAGAAGUACAAGGAGCUCUGCGAGUGGCUCACCAACAUGGAGAGCAAGGUGUCCCAAAAUGGGGACAUCAGUAUCGAGGAGAUGAUCGAGAAGCUUCGCAAGGACUACCAGGAGGAAAUCACUGGGGCCGAGGAGAACAAGCUGCAGCUGCAUCACCUCGGGCAGCGCCUGGCCAGAGCCAGUCACCCGAGCAAGGCUACUGAGAUCGAACAAAAACUCAGCAAAGUCAGCGACCGCUGGCAGCACCUGUUGGAUCUCAUUGGAGCCAGAGUAAAGAAGCUGAGAGAAACUCUGGUGGCCGUGCAGCAGCUGGAUAAAAACAUGAACAGCCUGCGCUCCUGGCUGGCCCACAUCGAGGCCGAGCUGUCUAAACCCAUCGCCUACGAUUCAUGUGACUUCCAGGAAAUUCAGAGGAAGCUCGAUCUGCAGCAGGAGCUUCAGCGAGACAUAGAGAAACACAGUACAGGAGUUGCCUCUGUGCUGAAUCUAUGUGAAGUGCUUCUGCACGACUGUGACGCCUGCGCCACCGAUGCAGAGUGCGACUCCAUCCAGCAGGCGACCCGUAGCCUGGAUCGCCGCUGGAGGAGCAUCUGUGCCUUGUCUAUGGAGAGGAGACUCAAGAUUGAGGAGACGUGGCGUUUAUGGCAGAAAUUCCUAGAUGACUUUGCACGAUAUGAGGAGUGGCUGGCCACUUCUGAAAAGACUGCUGCUCUUCCAAACUCCUCUGAUGUAUUGUACACUGUCGCCAAAGAGGAACUUAAGAAAUUUGAGGCCUUCCAGAGGCAGGUCCACGAAAGCCUGACCCAGCUGGAGUUAAUCAAUAAGCAAUAUCGCCGCCUGGCCAGAGAAAACCGCACUGACUCCUCCUGUCGACUGAGGGAAAUGGCCAACGAUGCCAAUCAGCGAUGGGACAACCUGCAGAAGAGGGUAUCCUCCAUCCUCAGAAGGCUCAAGCACUUUAUUAGUCAGAGAGAGGAGUUCGAGACGGCCAGAGACAGCAUCUUGGUGUGGCUGACAGAGAUGGACCUGCAGCUGACCAACAUCGAACACUUCUCUGAGUGUGACAUUCAGGCCAAGAUCAAACAACUCAGGUCGUUCCAGCAGGAGAUUUCCUUGACAACAGCCAAGAUUGAGCAGAUCUUCCACCAGGGAGAAACUCUGAUAGAGAAGAGCGAGCCUCUGGAUGCUGCUGUCAUCGAGGAGGAGCUGGAGGAGCUGCAGCGCUACUGUCAGGAAGUGUUUGGUCGAGUGGAGCGCUACUACAAAAAACUCAUCCGUCUUCCUCUUGUAGACUAUGAUACUGAAGUGUCAUUCUCGGACCGUGAGCUCGAUCUGGACGAGCCCGGUGAUCUGUCCAGCCUGCCGUGGAGUGAACGUUUCGGGGAUGGCUUCCUGUCACCUCUGCCUUCCUCCGGCCGCUCCGCCUCCCUGGCGGCCCAGCUGCGGACCGAGCGAUCGGGCAGGGACACUCCGGCCAGCGUGGACUCCAUCCCCCUGGAGUGGGACCAUGACUAUGACCUGAGUCGCGGGCUGGAGAGCGCUAGCAGGGCCCUGAGAGAGCAGCAGAGUGAGGAGGGAGAAUUCAUCCAGCGGCCCGCCUCUGCCAUGUCAGAUGUAGUGAUCCCAGAGAGCCCUGAGGCCUAUGUUAAACUUACAGAAAAAACACUGAGGUCCUCCACUGGGGAAGUUGCCUCUUCUGACUCCAACAUUCAUCCUCUGGACGUCGGCCGUUUCCUGCAGCAGCAAACGGAGAGCAGCCGCAGCCGCACUCCAACCAGCACGGAGCUGGAUGCCUCGUACUUGGGAUACAUGCGGCUGCUGGGUGAGUGCCGUGGCAGUAUUGACACAGUGAAGAGGAUGGGCAAUGAGCUGAAGGAGGAGGAAGAAGCGGUGUCUGGACUGGCAGAUCCCAGUAGCUCAGAGUCCCAGACAUCAGGUGUGAUUGAACGCUGGGAGCUGCUGCAGGCUCAGAACCUCAGCAAGGAGAUGCGCACAAAGCAGAGCCAGCAGCAGUGGCAGCAGCUGAACUCGGACCUGAACAAAAUCUGGACCUGGCUCGGGGAGACGGAGGAUGAGCUGGAGCAGCAGCGGAGGCUGGACCUCAGCACCGACAUCCAGACGAUUGAGCUGCGCAUCAAAAAGCUCAAGGAGCUGCAGAAGGCCUAUGAUAAGCGCAAGGCUAUCGCGAUGUCCAUCAACCUGUGCAGUGCUGAGUUCCUGCAGCCAGACAACGAGGAGUCCAGAGAGCUGCAGGCCAAACUGAAAGAUAUGAACAACCACUGGGACAAACUGGGCGGCUCACUGGAGGAGUGGAGGUCUUCGCUGCAGGAAGCGCUCAUGCAGUGUCAGGACUUCCAUGAGAUGAGCCACGGUCUGCUGCUGUGGCUGGAGAACAUCGACCGCCGGAGGAACGAGGUGGUUCCCAUCGACCCCAUCCAGGACAGUGACACCCUCCAUGAGCAUCACAAAACACUGACGCAAAUCCGCCAGGAGCUCCUGGACUCUCAGCUGAAAGUCGCCUCGCUACAAGACAUGUCCCUCCAGUUGCUGGUCAACUCUCAGGGAAGCGACUGCCUGGAGGCCAAGGAGAAGGUCCACGUUAUUGGGAACAGACUCAAACUGCUGCUCAAAGAAGUAACCAGGGACCUGAGAGAGCUGGCCAGGAUUCUGGACAUCACAAGUAGCCAACAGGAUCUGUCCUCUUGGUCCUCUGCUGAUGAGUUGGACACAUCCGGUUCCCUCAGUCCCGUGUCAGGACGCAGCACACCCAGCCAUCGACGAUCGCAACGGGGCAAAAGUAGUCUGUCACAGCCUGGACCCUCUGUGAGCAGUCCACACCACAGGUCUCGCAGCGGCGCUGGAUCCGCUUCCUUCCCUUCUGAUCCGGAGACGCCGGCGGCUCGUAGGUCACGGUAUCUGUGGCGCAUCCUUUGGGUGGCAUUGCCUUUUCAGCUCCUCCUGCUCCUGCUAGUGGUUGUUGCCUUCCUGCUGCCAAUGUCCGAGGAGGACUACUGCACGCAGUCCAACAACUUUGCUCAUUCCUUCUACCCGAUGCUCAGCUACAGGAACGGACCACCUCCAGUGUAGGCUCCCUGUGAGGGCUUUUCCAUUCCAGUAUUCUGCCACAAGUAUGAGGUGGAACACGUUGAUGUUCCUGAAGAGCAAAGACUGAUCUCGAUCAUUGUCACUGUAGAAGAACAUCUGACCUCUACAGUUAAUAUCUCUGUGUGUAGCACAUAGGAUCAAACAUUUCACCGCCAUCCUCUGUGUAAUGCUCUGUUUAUUAAGCAGCAUCUUUGCUGAGGAGACGUUCUUUCCCACAGUGGACAUUUUGGACAUUGUGGACAGUGACGUAAACAAAGAUGUAUUGCUCGGAAGGAAAACUGUCAGUGGAUAGCACCAAAGUUAAUUGCUGGAAAAUAGCCUGUGAAUUUGCUUGUGAGUGAAAAGUUUGUAAAAUAAUACAAUAACAAUGACAUUUAUUAUAUCUCACAUUGCAAUUAUUUUUUUACUCGUUGGCAUGCAGUUCUGAUCAUUGUUUUGAUCAACUCUCAUCCGUCUCUGUGUCGAAUCCAUUUUUAACUUGAUUUACACCGUUGUGAGAUUCCUUUAAGCCAAGAUGUGUGUUUUAAUAUCAAAGUCCGACACAACACUGUUACGUUAGUCAUCCGUGGUCUUUAUACAUUUGACUGUUUAUAUUUUUUAAAGAUACAAAAUUUUAAGAUUGAGAAUUAUGACAUAAAGAUGGACUGUAUAUUUUGUAUGACCGUCAGUUCAGUAUCAAAUGUAUAACAGUCCAAGAUUAUUUAACAUGUAAAUAAUGGUGAAAAAUGAACAUGAGAAAUGUAUGUAUAUGCGACCAUGAAAAACAAUGAAUGCCAAAUCCUUAUUUUGA